AUGCCACAGAUUCCGCACUACGAUCAUCGCCGCUGGGAGCGCUGGAAGGAAGAAAUGCUGUUGGCUCUGUGCGGCGGUCCUCCCGAGGUGGAGGACGAGUUCGAGAACUAUAUGGCCCUCGAUCCGGUCUCGACGCCCCGCCCCGCUUCCCCAGCCUUCCUGGAACAAGAAUACUACCUGGAGCUAGAAAACGUCCUGGAAUUCGGGGACGAUAUUGAUGGGGUCCCGAUAAUGCCCCCCACGCCAAUACUCCCAACAGUGGAGUCGGCACAGGACUAUAUACUCCAUCAUCGAGAACGGUUGGAGAGACUCGGCAUGUUCCGCGGGCUUACAUUGGCUGUUUUUCGCCCCGCCUUGAGCGCCACGACAGAAGAACGACCAUAUUGGACCUAUCAAGACGACCCCCCGCCCUUCAUUCUGAACGAGGCUCCGCCAGAACCCCCCCUGCCGGAUACCCCAUCACCUUCCCAGCAGCCUUCCGCUCUUCCCGCGUCUCCACAGGACCCGGGCGCCGCCGCGCCUGCCCAAGACCUACCCCUUUCCCAGGGAGAGGAACCCGGCCCUGCUCUUCCUCCUGCUCCCGCUUCCGCCAUCGGAACAGCGGGACCUGCUUCCCAGUGACAGAUAUCGGAGCUGUCGUUUUCUGCUUGGCAUCGAAGACCUCCUUCAAGCAAUAACACAACCGUGGAUGUCGGUCGAACCGCUCAAGCUCAGACUUAGGGCCAGAGGGCAUUUUUGCCUAGGAACUUGGACAGAUAGACGGCCCACGUUGGACAGAAGGGGAUAAGACAUAGGGGGCUGGAGGAAGGAUAAUCGAGUCUUCGUUGUACAGUACGUACGCAGAUAACCUGGAUGAUCCGUCGAAUCGCACCGCCUGUACGUACUUGGCUGCCCCUCACAGCGGCUGCGAAAGCUGUGCCACAAUUAUUCUGAUGCGGCAAAAUAUGUGGAAAUGUAUCAUUUCCGCCGGAGCUGACUCUGAAUAGUAAACGAUGUAGCUCAACGUAGUAUGUCCUUAUAACCUG